GGCGGAGCUCGUGCCGCCUUGCAGACACCGCCGCCCCGGAAUUGCCCGUGCCUCUUAGCCAUGGUCAACCCCACCGUGUUCUUUGACAUUGCCGUGGACGGCGAGCCCUUGGGCCGCGUCUCCUUCGAGCUGUUUGCAGACAAAGUUCCCAAGACAGCAGAGAAUUUUCGUGCUCUCAGCACUGGGGAGAAAGGAUUUGGUUACAAAGGUUCCUGCUUUCACAGGAUUAUCCCGGGAUUUAUGUGCCAGGGUGGUGACUUCACACGCCAUAAUGGCACUGGAGGCAAGUCCAUCUACGGGGAGAAGUUUGACGACGAGAAUUUCAUCCUGAAGCACACAGGUCCUGGCAUCCUGUCCAUGGCGAACGCCGGACCCAACACAAACGGUUCCCAGUUUUUCAUCUGCACCGCCAAGACCGAGUGGUUGGAUGGCAAGCACGUGGUGUUUGGCAUGGUGAAGGAAGGCAUGAACAUCGUGCAAGCCAUGGAGCGCUUUGGGUCUCGGAACGGCAAGACCAGCAAGAAAAUCACCAUUGCUGACUGUGGACAAAUCUAAUAAAUUUGACUCGUGUUUUAUCUUAA